AUGCUGAAUAGUAGGAAAAAGAUGAUGGUUUGUGAAAAAAGUAAGAAGAGUGUUACUGAGUCAAUAAUUAUGCAAACAAACACCGAUGACAAGCCUUUUCGUUGCACGAAAUGUAAGAAGACCUGCACCUAUUCAAGUCAUCUCAAACAACAUAUGCGAACACAUACCAAUGUGAAGUCUUAUCAUUGUGAACAAUGUGAAAAGAGUUUUACCACAUCAAGUAAUCUUAAAUGUCAUAUACGAACCCAUACCAAUGAGAGGCCUUAUCAUUGUGAGCAAUGCAAGAAAUGUUUUAGCCAAUUAGGUAACCUCAAACAACAUUUACGAACACAUACCAAUGAGAAGCCUUAUCAUUGUGAACAAUGUAAAAAGAGUUAUACCACAUCACAAUAUCUCAAAUAUCAUAUACGAACACAUACCAAUGAGCGGCCUUAUCAUUGUGAACAAUGUGAAAAACGUUUUACCACAUCAAGUCAUCUCAAAUAUCAUAUACGAACACAUACCAAUGAGAGGCCUUAUCGUUGUGAACAAUGUGAAAAGAGUUUUACCCAAUCAAUUCAUCUCAAACGGCAUAUACGAACACAUACCAAUGAGAGGCCUUAUCAUUGUAAACAAUGUGAAAAGAGUUUUGCCACAUCAAGUAAUCUCAAACAACAUGUACGAACACAUACCAAUGAGAAGAAAUAUCAAUGUGAUCAAUGUGAAAAGAGUUUUACCCAAUCAAGUCAUCUUAAAUACCAUAUACGAACACAUAACAUGGAAAUCUCAAAUUUAUUUACUUUGCAUAAUAGCUUAAGCACGAGAAGACGUGAAAAUAAACCUGAAAAUUGUUUUUCCAUAAAUAAUGGUAAUUCAGUAGAGCAGUUUAAGUGUCGUCAUUGUGAGUGUAUAUACAGUCAAUUAUCUCAUGAAAGAAACUCAUUAAUUAUUCACAGAGAGAAGAAAUAUACAUAUAGAUGGAAAUCUGUAAAUGGUGAAAAUCAGUUCACUGUCACACUCAACGUACAAGAUGAGUGUUCAGAUGUGGAAGAACAGAAACGAUUGUUUAUUACGCAUACUGGGUUCAUUGUUGAGAAGAGAAUUCACAAACAAAUAGAAGAAUUCAGAUUGUACAGCCACAGGGUUGAUAAGUGCUGA